CCCCACCAACCUCACUUGAUAGUUCUACGCCACAAUACGCAAGGCUACCCCACCACUCCCACCAGGUAAUUCGUCACAGAGCUGGAGUUCUCAAGGUCGUCCUGCAAUCACAUUAUAUUGGAGAGACCUUAGACAUCUCCAAAAUUCCAAAAUUAUGGCUAAUUCGAAAGACCUCUCGGAAGAAAAUUGCUAUGUAGCAUUAACCCAUGAAAACCUUGACGCCAAAGUAAUGAUGGACAAAGUUCGAAGUCCCAAAGCCGGAGCCAUCGUUCUCUUCGCAGGUACUAAAAACCAUGCGAAACCGAUCUAUAAGUAAUGUACUGAACAACAUUAUUCAUAGGAACAACCCGAGACAAUUUUGGAGGAAAGCCCGUAAAAGAACUUCAGUAUACAUCAUACGAACCACGUGCUUUACAGAGCAUGCUCAGUAUCUGCAAGACGAUUCUCCACAAACACUCCCUGACAUCUAUUGCCAUGAUUCAUCGCUUGGGAGUUGUACCUAUUGGAGAAGAAAGCAUUUUGAUUACGGUAUCGUCGCCGCAUCGUCAGGCGGCUUGGAAGGCUGGUGAAGAAGCGCUUGAGGAAUGUAAGGAGAAAGUCGAAGUGUGGAAGAAAGAAGAAUUUGGUGGUGAGGAGGGUGGGGUUUGGAGGGCUAAUCGUGAUGGUGCUGUUGGUGAGCGGGUGGAUGGAGAUGGAGAGAAGGAGAAACACGAAAUAGGACCUCAUGGUCCGACAGUACGGCCUAAUCGACCGGGAGAGCGUGGACAUGGACCAGUGGUGAGGAAUCGCCAACUUGAUUCGUGAGAUGAUACCAGUGACGAGUUCACUGUGUUGAUAAGUUCUGCACGAGGAUACGUAACACUAUCCCCAUUACACGACGAACGCAAUUUCCAAUAGAUGGGAAGCUUGGUACUGAACCACAAAAAGUAACACUAUCCAGGUCUGAGGUAUUCUUGUCUCAUAUUUGCCUCCGAUGCAUUUGACUUUUGAAGUAAUUCCACAUGAGGUUAUACUAUUACCAUGAUGUUGAAUAAUAUGAAGGCCUGCGGACCAAAGUGUCGAGUAUUUG